AUGACUGUCCGUGACAAACCACUGUUCAGUGUAAACAUAGCUGGCACACCAGUGCGAGUAAUAGCUGAUUCUGGGGCAUCGGUGAAUGUUUUGAACGAGACAGAUUAUCUCGCAGUAAAGAACAAGCCGAAGCUUACACACUCAAAUUCGAGAGUGUACCCAUACAUGUUAGUAAAACCACUCAAUCUACUUGGGAAAUUCCAAGCUGAUGCAUCGAAUGAUCAGUAUAAUUGCAAAGAGACAUUCUUCGUGGUGAAUGGACCAAGCAGUUCGCCCUUGAGUUGGAAAGCAUCUCAGAAGUUAAACCUGAUCACAUCGGUCAACAGUGUGUCUGAACCAAAAUCGCAUCUUGACCCAGACAUUAUGAGUCCCAGACAUUCCCCACAGUGA